CAUUUUCACUUUUAACUGCAUUUCUUGUAUGCAAGGUUUUAUACAAAUAAAGUUUAUCAUUAUUAUUAUUAUUAUUAUUAUUUUGAACGGGGCCUUUCAGAGUAAAGGUGUGUUUAGGAGGAUAAGUGGAGAAAACAGCUGAUGGGACUUGGGUCCACCCCUGAGGAAGCUGACAGAAGGAGGAAGGGGAAGUUGACAGACAGACAGACGGACAGACAGAGGGGGUUUCACCGCGGAGCAGCUGUGCGUCCUCGGGAGAACGAGCUGCAGCUCAGAGGAACGAACCACCGGAGCUGAAUCCAUCAUGCACACGUUAGAAACAGGGACAAAGUUUCCGGGCCACACGCUGCACUGACCCACCUGGUUCCCCCCCCCAGACAACAUGGAGCACUGGAGGCAGUGCGCGGUUUGGCUGAUCGGCUGCAACGUGCUGCCCGUGAACCACCGGGUGACCGCGGACACGGCGCAGGUGUUCGACCUGGCGCAGACCCUGCGGGACGGGGUGCUGCUGUGCCAGCUGCUGAACAACCUGAGACCCCUCACCAUCAACCUGAAGGAGAUCAACCUCAGGCCGCAGAUGUCUCAGUUCCUGUGCUUGAAGAACAUCCGCACGUUCCUGACGUCGUGCUGCAACGUGUUUGGGAUGAAGAAAAACGACUUAUUUGAAGCCUUUGAUCUCUUCGACGUUAGAGACUUCGGAAAGGUCAUGGACACGCUGUCUCUGCUCUCGUACACAACAGUUGCACAACAAGCAGGAUUCAAGCCCUUCCCGAUGGAGGAGAGCCUAAAAGACGAGGACAUUUACAAUAAUCUGGAGGACUUGAUUGAUGAGAAUGCCCUUGAGGACGAGGACGACUUGUACGCGGUGGUCUACGGGCUGGAGGAGGACUAUGCAGGUGGAGAGAUCUAUGAAGAUCUCAUGAGGGCUGAGCAGCAUCCCCCACUGAAGCAGGCGGAGGUCGACGUGCGGAUCUGCUGCCUGACGGAGAUCAAACAGACGGAGGAGAAGUACACGGAGACGCUGGAGUCCAUCGAGAAGUAUUUCCUGAAUCCACUGAUGAAGUUCUUCUCUGCGGCUGAAAUCGACAAAGUCUUUCUCAACAUUCCUGACCUGGUUAAAGUUCACAAGAGCCUGAUGGUGGACGUGCAGGACUCCAUCCUGAACAAAAACGCCUUAAAUCUCUACCAGAUUUUCCUCAGCUACAAAGAGAGGCUGCUCAUUUAUGGCAUCUACUGCAGUCGGGUGGAGAUCGCCAUCGCUGUGUUAGACCUCAUCUGCAAAGAGAAGGAGGACGUUCGCCUGAAGCUGGAGGAAUGCUCCAAAAGGGCCAACAAUGGGAAGUUUACCCUGAGGGACCUGCUGGUGGUUCCGAUGCAGAGAGUCCUGAAGUAUCAUCUGCUUCUUCAGGAGUUAGUCAAGCACACCCACGAUGCUGCAGACAAGAGUAACCUGAAGAUCGCUCUCGACGCCAUGAAAGACCUGGCUCAGUAUGUCAACGAGGUGAAGAGGGAUAAUGAGACGCUCAGGGAGAUCGACCAGUACCAGAGGUCCAUCGAAAACUUGAAUCAGCCUCUCAUCACCUUUGGUCGGCCCAAAGGAGACGGAGAGGUGCGCAUGAUCUCCAAUGUUGACAAGAGGAAACAAGACAGACACAUCUUUUUAUUUGACGUGGCCGUCAUUGUUUGCAAGAGACGAGGAGACAACUACGAGAUGAAGGACGUGCUCGACCUCAACUACUUCAAGAUCACCAACAACCCCACGUCUGACAAGGAGGGGAAAAAGUGGUGCUACGGGUUCUACGUGACUCACCAGCAGGGGUACACGGGCUUUGAACUCUUCUUCAAGACCAGAGAGCUGAAGAAGAAGUGGCUGGAUCAGUUCGAAAUGGCCAUAUCAAAUAUCCGACCAGAGAAAGCCAACCACAACUCCCACCAGUUCAAGAUGCACACGUUUGAGAGGAUCACAUCCUGUUGCUUCUGUCACCUCCUGCUCAGGGGCAUCUUUAACCAGGGCUAUCUCUGCAUCAAAUGUGGUCUGGGGGCUCAUAAGGAGUGUUUGGGUCGACUGGGAGUGUGUGGGAGAACAGAUUUGGCGAAGCCGAAACCCAAGGAGAACUCAGCACCACCAGACCCAGGUUUACCCAGGAUGGUUGUGAUCAGAGACUAUGGUGGCAUCCCUUAUCCCCAGUACGGGCCCCCACUAAGCAUUCAUGUGGGGGAUGUCAUUGAAGUGAUGUUUGCAGACCUGCACAGCUCCUGGUGGCAGGGCAAAAUUCUGGCGACGAGCAAGAUUGGCUUCUUUCCAAGCGACGCUGUGAGGCCCUGCCCGUGUGUUCCGAAACCUGUCGAUUACUCCGCCCAGCUCUGGUUUGCAGGGCCCGUGGAGAGAUACCAGGCUGAGGAGGAGCUCCUGGACAGAGGGAACGGCACCUAUCUGGUCCGACACCGGAGUAAAGAAGGCACCGAGUACGCCAUCAGUAUAAAGUUCAACGAUAAAAUCAAGCACAUUAAGAUUCUGACCAAGGACGGCUGCUUUUACAUCGCUGAGACUCGGCUGUUCAAGACUGUGCUGGACUUAGUGGAGCACUACCAGCAGCACUCCCUGAAGGAGGGCUUCAGCAGUCUCGACACCACUCUACAGGUCCCCUAUAGGGAACUUACCAAUGGAAUCAUGCCCAUGGCCGUUACCAAAGCUGACAGUGUUCCUCCUGGCAGCUGCAGCUUUGUUCCUCCCUCCUCCUCGCCUUUCUGGUCAGUGUUUUCCCCCAGGGUGGUGGGUGUUGCAGUGGCACGCUACGACUUCUGCUCCAGAGACACACGGGAGCUCUCGCUGCUGCAGGGAGACAUUAUCAAGAUCUACACCAAGAUGACCAGUGGGUGGUGGAAGGGAGAGAUGGGCGGCAAGGUGGGCUGGUUUCCCUCCACCUACGUGGAAGAAGAGGACUGACUUCUGAGUGACACUUCUUCCGUGUCCGUUCAAAGCUGACCGCCUCCGCCAGGCGCCGAGCUGCUCAUCCACUCUCUCUGUGCCCCGCAAGUCAGAUCUCUUUGAUAAAAGCCCAGAGACUCGGACUUAAGAGAAAGCGGCGGUGCCCUAGAAAACGCUUCCUCAUGCCCUCUGACAGACUCUCACACAGAGCAGAUGUCAAAUCACAGAUUCCGGGAGCGUCACUCCGUGUCUCGCCUCUCCGUGUCUCGCCUCUCCGUGGUGCUGUCUGCCCCCGUGGUCCACCGGGAAGUGCAUGUGCUAUACACAGAUAACCCCCCGUCUCCCUAUCCAUUCACCUUGUCUUAUUAUUGAUGACUCCAUCGGCUGGUGUGAGACUUGCCCUCACUGUCAUCAUGUUUCGAUACCAGAAAGGCUCAGUCGCCCAAGUGGAACACGGAUCCUGCUGACAAGGCGCCGCCCAGGUUCUCCACCAGAUUGAAAAGCAGGAGCCGAAGAGCGUUGGCUGCUGUUGGAGCACCGGCUCGACUUUCUAUCAAAGACUAAUUUUAUUUUUAACGUUUGAAAUCACUGGACUGACAUAAACUUAUUUAAAUGGAAUCGCUGGAACGUGAUUUGACCCAGAGGAUGGAGCGAUUUCAGCACCACAGCACGAAGGAUUGUCCUUUAAAUGUGUUUUUCUAGUGGAGUUCGAAGUGAUUCAAUCCCAUCAUGACAGGAAAACUUGUCUGGAAGCAAAGUAGCUUUUGUCCCUUUUCUGUUAUACUUUCUUUUCGAUCACAGUGUUUUUCUGAAUGUCCAUCUCAUCUUUUAGCUCUGCCUUCAUAAGGCCACAAAUUGCUUUAAUUUAAAAAACUGCUUUACCUUUUAAUUGUUAAUUGUAAAUCUAGAUUUACAGCAGUAGUUUGACAUAUUGGAAAAUGCACUUAAAAGUUACAAGGUGCAGGUUUUGUUACAUUUGAGGAUUAUCAGGAGAGACAUGUGUAUGCUAAGCUAACCAGUCUCUGACUGAAGCUUCAUACCUAGACUGUAAAUAAAGAUGGACGAUGCAUCUUCACUUUGCUCCUACUAUCCAGAAAUGAAGCCAAAAUACCCUGGACAAAAUGGCUGCCAUCUUGCACCACCGACAUAAUUUGGAGCCAGAGUCUGCACCAUGGCGAUCAGGAGAUCUCAGCUGUCAAUCAUGAGCUUUCUCUCGUCUUUUAGUGUCAAAUAACUAAUUAAAACCAAACUAAAUACGUAUGUUUAGACUUUUGACAUUCCCUCCCACCUCACAAGGAGGCGGGUUCUCUGCCCUCUACAGCAGCCAGCCACUAGGGGGCGAUCAAGACUCUUUGGCUUUAUACACAGUGUAUUUUUCAUACCUGGAUGGACAUGUGGCAUCGAUCUUGUCAUCUAAAGCGAGUAAAAUAUAAAAAUACCCCUUUAAGCCAAAACCAACCAAAAUUACAAAUGGCCUCACACAACUGAAUAUGUUGAAUUGUGAAAAGAAGGAAAGAUAAUGUUUGGAGAUGCUCACAUUUACAGCAGUAAAGGUUCUUCUGCUUGGCUGCAGACGUGCGGCAUCAUCAAAUGUCAUCAGCUUAAAGAGCGUGUGUGGGCUGGAUUGUGGAAGCUGCAGGUCAUUCACUGUGGAAACCAGAGAGCCCUUCUACACCCCACAGAUUUUGUUUUUCUUUUUGUUUCAGAGUGAAUGAUUCAAGGGUGAUGUAACAGCUGUUCACUGUAGUGCAAGGUAGCACAAGGGCGUCAACUGAUGCCGUCCCCCCCCUCCAGAAUUAACACCCCACUAAUCCCGUGUGUGACAUCAGCAUUUAAUAAAAGGAUCCUCUUUGAAUUGUACUUUUGAAAUUUGAUGGGGCCAUUUUACCGCUUUCAGACAAAUGUUGAAUAGCAGGAACAAAGGCAUCACAGUUGAGGAGGUGCGGUGGAGAACGGGCUGUGCUCAAAAGAGAAAGAGAGAGACCUGAAAACAGGAAAGUGUGAACCUAAUGAAGGUCUUUGCUUUAUUUCUUCAUUUACAUCACUGGACUGGGCUCGUUUCACCCAAAUUUCACCAGCCGUGCUACUACUUGCAACACGAGGUCAUUCCUCUUACCUUAGUUUUGACACAUUCCACUAAUUCAAUUCAAACCAUACCUAUGAUUGAAGCUUGAGAAACGUUUAGGACUAAACAUUUAUCUCCGUGUUGCAGGCGGCCGCCAUUUGUGAAACAUGAUGCUGACUUGUUUAUGAAACAAGCCCCUUGUCCUCACCCUGUUUGAUCCUUUAAUCCAAGAACAUGUUAAAACAUGAUUGCAUGACAGAUCUGUGGUUUUUCUGCAUGCAUCUUUUCCAAAGAUGUCGUAUCUCAUUCAACGAUAAAGAAUAACAUCUGAACUUUA